GUCCCGGCGGUGCGCAGGCGCGGUGCGCGGCCAUGGCGCACGGGCACGGGCCCGGGCGGUGCCGCUGCUGCUGCGGGGAGGGGGCGGCGGAGCCGGGGGCGGCCUGGGCGCUCCACCUGCGCAUCGACCGCCAGCGCCUGCAGUGCCUCAACGAGCGCCGGGAGGGCUCCGGGGCGCUCGUGUUCCGCGCCUGGGAGGAGCGCGGCGACCGCGCGAAGUUCGUGGAAAGCGAUGAUGACGAGGAGCUGCUGUUCAACAUCCCGUUCACGGGCAGCGUGAAGUUAAAAGGAGUCCUUGUGAUGGGGGAGGACGACGGGACGCACCCGGCGGAGCUGAGGCUGUUCAGGAACAUUCCUCACAUGUCCUUUGAUGACACGGCCAGGGAAGCAGAGCAGACCUUCAGCCUGAACCGGGACCCCCUGGGCGAGCUGGAGUAUCCCACCAAAAUUGCCCGUUUCUCCAACCUUUACCACCUCUCCAUGCACUUCCCGAAGAACUUCGGGGCGGAGACAACGAAGAUCUUUUACAUCGGCCUGAAGGGGGAGUGGGCGGAGGCUCACCGCCACGAGGUCACCAUCUGCAACUACGAGGCCUCCGCGAACCCCGCCGACCACAAGCUGGAGCAGAUCACGCCUCAGACGCACUUCAUCUCCUGAGGGCUGGGGACGGGGGUUCCCGGGGACACCGGGGCAGCUCCCGGGACACGGGAUGUGGCCCCGCGUGUCGGGACGGG